AAACAAUUCAAAAAGAUUCCUCCUCAACAAUCUCAACAUGUCUCACGGCGGCGACCAAGGCUCAACAGAGCAUAUCAACACAGAUAUCAUCACCCUUACUAGAUUCCUCACCGAAGAACAAACAAAAGUCAAAGAAGCAACUGGAGAUUUCACACUUCUUUGCCAUGCCCUCCAAUUCUCCUUCAAAUCGAUAGCAUACUAUAUCCGUCGCGCAACCCUCAUCAACUUAACCGGUCUCGCAGGAUCAAGCAACAUCACCGGAGAUGAUCAAAAGAAACUCGACGUCAUUGGCAAUGACCUCUUUAUCGCUGCCAUGAAAUCCUCCGGAAAAUGCGCCGUUUUAGUUUCAGAAGAAGAAGAAGAAGCCAUCUUCUUCCCCGAAGCUAAAGGUGCCCGUUAUGCCGUAGCGUGCGACCCCAUCGACGGUUCUUCCAAUCUUGACGCUGGUGUCUCCGUCGGCACAAUCUUCGGUAUUCAUAAACUCGCAGAAGGCUCUACAGGAACCAAGGAGGACCUCCUCAAGCCCGGUACCGAACUCAUCGCCGCAGGUUUCACCAUGUACGGUGCCUCGGCCCAAUUAGUUAUUACAAUGAAGGGAGGUGGUGUCAAUGGUUUCACAAUGGACAAUGCGUUGGGAGAAUUCAUCCUCACACAUCCCGAUAUGAAAUUACCUAAAUCGAGAUCCAUCUACUCAGUCAAUGAGGGAAACUCUCUUUACUGGGAAGAUAGCACCAAAAACUACUUUAACUCGUUAAAGUACCCUGAGAAUGAGGGCGGAAAACCUUACAGCGCAAGAUAUAUCGGAAGUAUGGUGGCAGAUGCUUAUAGAACAUUGCUGUAUGGAGGCGUUUUUGCCUACCCGGCGGAUAAAAAGAGCCCCAAGGGUAAAUUGAGAAUUUUGUACGAAUGUGCACCUAUGGCUAUGGUUUUUGAAAAUGCCGGCGGUCAAGCAUUAAACAGUAAGAUGGACAGAAUGAUGGAAGUAGUACCCGAGAGUAUCCACGACAGAUCCGGUAUCUUCAUGGGUAGUUGGGAUGAAAUGGAGAAGGUCAAGUCAUUUCAUAAGUGA